ACAAGUCGAGGUGAGGAAGUGGAGCACAAAAGCGGCCAACAAACAAGAAGCUGCACAGGAGUAGAGUUCCUCUAUUGAAAGCACAUACAGAGAAAUAGACGUUUUGACCGUCAACUCAUUGCACUAUGUCUCCAACGAUGCAAGAACUAUUUUCUUCUUCUGUAGUCAUAUGUCACAAAAAGGCCCGAUGCAUUUUUACUAUUGAGCAACAACAAACCUCUAAUGCGACCGCUUGCUUUCUGUUGAUUUCCGAUGAAGUUACCCCACCAUGCAACGGCCCAACGAAAGUUCUGUGAUUUUCGUGGCGCCCAAUGACACGCGGCGUCUUCUGGAAGUCUAUGUCAAACGCAGCCUCAGCCUCAACGAUGAGUCACUGGGACUCAAGCGUCACGAGCGCAAACUCAAGUGGGUGACCAUCCCCAAAAGGCACCGGAGACAUUCCAGCGACCCUUCCAUUCAUUUGGCCGGGGCCCUGAACGACGGGACGUUCCGGUCACUUGCUCCCACCGAAACUCCCCCGGACAUACCGCCGGACAACAAUGUCAGCAAGAAGUCCAAGAAGAACAAAAAGCCCUCCUUGUGGAAGAACUUCCUGGGUCUGUUCUCACGACGGAGCACUGAGGAGAAAGACGAGGAGCGGGAGUGUCCGUCCGACAUUCCCGAGGCUUCGGACCAUGAUGCGGACCACACCGCUGUGUGCCUGCCCGCCUCGACGCCGGCCUCCUCGACAAAGAAGAAGUCCUCAAAGAGAAUGAGUUUGAAAAGAAGGUUCUCCAAGAGGCGUCUGUCCCUCAUUAAGAUCAACAAGAGAGAGGAGUGGGACGCCACAGACAUCCCCGGAGCAGAAGCUGUGGUGAGUGUGGAACAGACCAGCUCCUACUAUGAGAAGGUGUCCGAGGAACUGGAGAAGAUUCUCCAUGAGGUCAAGGAGAAGGAGGACGAGGUGACUAUGUCAGACGAGGAAGUCAUUAACCGGAUCAUCGCUUUGACUAAGGAGCAGGGAGACGCUAUCGACGACAAGAUUAAAGACAAUUCCGCCCUGAGCAAGUUCUUCCAAGGGUUGUCAUACUCUUCCUUCCAAAGGCUAGCUGACGCUUACUUGGAGGAGGAGACAUCACCCACGCGCAUGCAACCCAUCAUCCCAUCCACAGCACCGGAGCUGGUCAAGCUGGCCUUCACGUUGGACUUCACAGCUCGCGUCGCCAGCCUCUCCCGGCAAAACGUCGGGUACAUCACCGGCCUGGGGAACCGCUACCUACAAGACCGAUUUGAAUAUAAACAAGCGUGUUCGGAACAUCCCUAAUGACAGAGGAGCCAGCUACGCUAAUGGUGGAACCAGUUCCCGGAGUGAAGGAUGAGGUCCAAGUUUCCGGUUUGAUUUGUUUCGUUUGUGCUUAGUUAUGCCGGAAGAGCAUAACGUGCUGACGCGGAUGCUUUGAGGAGGACAUUCCAAAUGUAAUACCAUAGUAGCUCGGUCUACUAUUUUGUUGGAGUCAUGCUGCAGGGCUCUGUAACAUAGUUGAGAUGUUUUCUUUUUUUUAAUGAUUUUAUAUUUUGGGCAUGGCACCUAAAUUGAGAAAAACACUCAAUUAAAUGUGGUCCAAAUAUGCUAUAUCAUCGUUAGAUAAGCUAAACAUUUGUUGCUAAACAGAUGUAGACCAUUUAAAUUAUUGGCGGAGGAGUCAGUUCAGGCCAACUUAAAAAAAAAAAAGUGCAAUUAUUCCAUAUUUGUAGAGUUUAUGUACUGUAUAAGCAUUCAUUUGGAGCCGCCAUGUAAAUCCAGUGUUUAUGUAAUAAAUGUGAUGUUUACUUAAUUUAGUUAAAAACAACAACUGUGCAAUACUGUUUACAAUCCCACAAUUUCACAAUUAAGAUGUUAGUUGUCUUAUUUAUUAGAAGCUCAAAUGAAACGUGAAAUUCAAUUUUGAAGGUGAAUGCAGGCAUUCAUCUUGCAAAUAAACAUGUCAAAUCAACAAAAA